AUGAUUGACCAGUCGGCGGCCGCACAAAUGGCAGACUCCAAGGCCCCGGCUGCCUCUAAUGCUGCCGCCACAAGGAUCCGGAACCUGUUUGCCAAACCGACGCUGGCGACCCACGCCAAACCCGAGGAGGAAACCGCGGGUAACCGGCGCGUGUGGCGCGCAGAUAAUCCCUUCAACCGAGUGCUCUCUUGGUGCGGCUGCGUCACUCUGGACGAAGCCUAA